AUGAGCAGCACGGCGACGCAGGGACCGCACUCGCUGGCCUUCAGGGUGAUGCGACUGUGCAAGCCUUCUUUCCACGUCGAUCCUCCCCUCCGUAUUGACCCUUUCGAUCUUCUCUCCGGCGAGGAUUUCUCGGACGAUCCCAGUUCCGCCUCAUUGCUCCGACGCCAUUUGUCUUCUACAGAUGCCGUCGACUCCGAUCUGAGUUACCGCAACAGAUUCCUCAUAAACCACCCUACGGAUCCCAUCGGUCUAUCUGGUCUUCUCCUUCUGCCACAGUCCUUCGGGGCGAUCUAUCUGGGAGAGACGUUCUGUAGCUAUAUUAGCGUCAACAACAGCUCCACUUCCCAAGUUCGAGAUGUUACCAUCAAGGCAGAAAUUCAGACAGAGAGGCAGAGGAUUCUUCUUCUGGAUACAUCCAAGUCUCCUGUUGAAUCCAUACGUACUGGUGGCCGCUAUGACUUCAUUGUUGAACAUGAUGUUAAAGAGCUUGGUGCUCACACGUUGGUUUGCUCUGCCUUGUACAAUGAUGCUGAUGGUGAGCGUAAAUAUCUUCCCCAGUUCUUCAAGUUUGUCGUUGCAAAUCCACUCUCUGUGAGGACCAAGGAGACUACGUUUCUAGAGGCUUGCAUUGAGAACCAUACUAAAUCUAACCUCUUUAUGGACCAAGUUGAUUUUGAACCUGCCAAGCAAUGGACUGCUCUCAGAUUACAUGAUCAACAACAUCCCCCCACCAGUGAUCUUGCUGGACUAAUACCUAAUCCGCCUGUUAUCAUCCGAUCUGGUGGGGGUAUCCACAACUAUCUCUAUAAGCUAGUCCCAUCUUCAGAUGUUUCUGGCCAACCCAAAUUCCAGGGAAGUAGUAUCCUCGGCAAAUUUCAAAUUACAUGGCGCACUAAUCUCGGAGAACCUGGUCGCUUACAGACACAACAAAUUCUUGGCGCUCCAGUUAGCCGCAAAGAAAUUAAUAUGAGAGUUGUGGAGGUUCCAACUGCUAUACACUUAAAUAGACCCUUUUCGGCAUCCUUGAAUCUCACAAAUCAAACUGAUAGGCAGUUGGGACCCUUCGAGGUUUCACUGACACAAGAUGAAUCACAAAUGGAGAAGCCGGUUGCCAUUAACGGUCUCCAGAAACUGAUGUUACCUAGGCUUGAGGCAUUUGGCUCCAAUGAUUUCCAAUUGAACCUGAUCGCCUCCAAACUCGGAGUCCAGAAAAUAGCUGGGAUCACAGCCUUGGACACAAGAGAGAAGAAAACCUACGAGCUUGUUCCAGAGAUGGAGAUAUUUGUAGAGUCGGACUAG